AAUGCCGGAGGCGGGACUCAGCAGGCGGAGUGUCUCAGCAGAGCAAGGUGAGGGCUGGCUGGUGAGCUGUGUCUGCAUACAGCCUCUGUGUGCCCUCGCCAUGUGCGCGCGUGGGGUCUGUGGCGCUGCUGGACUUGCUGCGGAUCUCCUGGCCUGAAGAAAUGACGGUCUCAACAGGUGUCAGAAUCCAGCACACUUGAGGAAGAGUUCAAACAUACUGCUUGUUUCUGCUGUCAAAGGAGGGAGGGAGGCUCUCCCAAAGUCCCUCACACGGAAGCCCAAGUUCAUAGUCAUAGUCUUCCUGAACUCUGUUGCUAGAUCGGGCUUUUUAACCACCUAGCAGUAGAAGUGCAUUGAGAUCGUCCCUGUUUGUGGUCUUCCAUGAAAGGAAUAAUGCUGUCAGCAUGUCUGCACACUCCAUGCUCUCUGAAAGAAUUGCCAUAGCCAAGGAACUGAUCAAGAGAGCGGAAUCCCUUUCCAGGUCAAGAAAAGGAGGCAUAGAAGGCGGUGCAAAGCUGUGUAGCAAACUCAAGGCAGAGCUAAAAUUCUUACAGAAAAUAGAGGCUGGGAAGGUAGCUAUUAAAGAAUCCCAUUUGCAAAGCACAAAUCUAACACACUUGAAGGCCAUUGUGGAAUCGGCAGAGAACCUGGAAGAAGUUGUUAGCGUUCUUCGCGUUUUUGGUUACACAGAUACCUUGGGAGAAAAGCAGACUCUUGUGGUGGACGUAGUAGCAAAUGGAGGUCAUACUUGGGUCAAAGCUAUUGGCCGGAAGGCCGAAGCACUGCACAACAUCUGGCUGGGCAGGGGCCAGUAUGGUGACAAAAGCAUCAUUGAGCAGGCUGAAGACUUCCUCCAGGCCAGUCACCAACAACCAGUGCAGUAUAGCAACCCUCACAUUGUGUUUGCAUUCUACAACAGCGUCUCUAGCCCCAUGGCAGAAAAGCUGAAAGAUAUGGGCAUAUCUGUAAGAGGAGACAUCGUAGCAGUCAACUCUCUGUUAAAUCACCCUGAAGAGUUACAGCUGAGUGAGAGUGAGUCGGAUGAGGAGGGCCAAGAACUUCUGCAGGUGACAAAAGUGGACCGAGAAAAUGUACUGGCGCAUGUUGCAUUUCCAACAGAGAUCAAGGUUGAUGUAUGCAAAAGAGUGAAUCUGGACAUCACGACUUUAAUCACUUACGUAUCUGCCAUGAGUUACGGAGGCUGCCACUUCAUCUUCAAAGAGAAAGUACUCACAGAACAAGCCGAGCAAGAGAGGAAAGAGCAGGUUUUGCCUCAGCUGGAAGCAUUUAUGAAGGACAAGGAGUUGUUUGCCUGUGAAUCUGCUGUCAAGGAUUUUCAGUCAAUUCUAGAUACCUUAGGGGGACCAGGAGAGAGAGAGAGGGCCACUGUACUAAUUAAACGAAUCAGUGUGGUACCUGACCAGCCUUCUGAGCGUGCCUUGAGACUAGUGGCAAGUUCGAAGAUUAAUAGCCGUUCAUUAACGAUUUUCGGGACCGGAGAUACCCUGAAAGCCAUCACGAUGACUGCCAAUAGUGGUUUUGUCAGAGCUGCCAACAACCAGGGUGUUAAAUUCAGUGUGUUCAUCCAUCAGCCCAGGGCGCUCACUGAGAGUAAAGAGGCAUUAGCUGUGCCCUUACCAAAAGAUUUCCCCGAUGAUAGUGCACACUAGUGAUAUUCUUUAGUUGUUGUCAUGGAAAUACAUUAUUUAUACCAAAGGCUGGCCUUCCUGUCUAUAUUGAGAGAAAAAAAGUUUAUAGUAAAAAUAUUUAGAAUUCAUAUGUUUAAGUAGAGGUUUUUUUGUGUUUCCAUCUAUUUAAGGUCUGAAAAUUAGAGAACACUCAAGAGACAAUCUUAUUUAUCUCUGUAUUACAUCACAAACUACGUUCUAGCAGGUAAGAACAGAAAUACAUCUGUAUAAGGCUUUUAGUGAUCUUGUAAUGCUUUUGUUUGCCUCAGCAAGGCUGCAGACUCCACUACAGGAAAUUGCAUUUCAUGGAAUAUGGCUACAUGAUUCUUGAAUUCAUUAAAUAUCUGGAGAAAACUCUGA